CGAUUACCGCCUAGGGCUAAACCCCCAGCACCGCCAUGGAGAGGCCAGAAUCACGAUGCCCUCCACCCGGCUUCCUCCGGCUGUUCGUCCUCACAUGCCUCCUGGCUGCCAUCUCAUCUCUGAAGUGUCCGAGAAAGCGAAUGUAGACCGCAUAGAAGCUGCCAAUAGUAGUGAGGACGGACUGUAGGAGCGACGGAACCCAAGAUCCUGACAGCUGUUCUGAUGUUUCCCAUGCUCAGGACCUUUAGCCUUUGGCUCCACUCCUCCUUCACUGGGAGAUAUGUCUCUGGCUCGUACUCCAUCGUUUUUGUCAACUGUCCCAAUGAGCAAAUUGCCAGAGACAUCGCCAGGGCCAUCCUGGAUAAGAAGAUGGCUUCGUCUGUGAACAUCUUGCCUAAGAUCUCUUCGUUGUACUUUUGGAAAGGAGAAAUAGAAGAAGGCACCGAGGUCUCGUUGCUAAUAAAGACAAAGACUUCCAAAGUCUCCCGACUGUUCGCCUAUAUGAGGUUGGCUCAUCCUUUUGAAAUCCCAGAGGUCUUCAGUAUUCCCAUGGACCAAGGAGAUGCUCGCUAUUUAAAAUGGCUUGAGGAGGGCAUGAAGGAGAACUAAGGAGAGAGAGAAACUUAUUGUGCAGGCUGCUGGCUCUAGCCUUUGUUGACUGUGCUCUGGGAAAAAGCAGGCCUCCUUCUGCCUCCCAUAGAGUGUUCCUAACAGCACACAGGUUCUAGCUGACCUGUACAUGCUGAAUGAGGGGCUGAGAAUUUCAAGGCUGGAAGUGAAGGUCAAUCAGGCCUGCAAGAACCAAGUGGAACCUGUUCCUGAGUGCUGUGUGUUUGCAGGUGGCCUGAGAGUGUGCGGGUAAGGAGGAGGGGCUGAAGGGAGGCAGCAGUGAGGGCAAGCCUCCUCAUCCUCAGGCUCUGGGCUGACCAGAAAGAACCUAGGGUGUAAUUGUUCCUCUGUUUCUUGUGGGGAUGGGUGACCUUGCUCAUCUAGGCAUGUGUGGGAAAGCUAUCUUCUAAAGCAAUUGAUAUGGGCUGUAUUCAAAACAACUGUCCUGGUAGAAUUCAGGAGUCAGCAGAAUUUAUUGCUCCUGAAUCUUGCAGAGGGGAAGCUGGGUAAGGGGUGCUUGAGCCUAUAUAGACUAGGGGGAUAUUAGGCCUUCAACACAAACUCUUGGAUUGGGAGUAAGUCUUUACUUUUUUCUACUGGGUUUAAUAUAAUAGAUACAAAUAUCCUGGAGUUGUAGGUUCUGAGCCCUGAGAACCUUCUGGGCCAGUGUUUUUUGGAUCAAUUGGCCAAAGCUUCUGGGGUUGACAGAGGAACCCCUGAACUUCUUGAGGAAUGUAGCCAUCACCCACAUCCAAAGUGAAGCUGUCAGAAGUUUAUAAAUCACUAUUGUGAUUUUCCCUGUUUUAUGCAUUAUCACAAAAAAGUGCACUUCAUGGAAUUUCAUAAAGAGGGCAUAUUGAAUUA